AUGGAGGCCGCAGGCCUGAUGGAUGAGUUCCCCUGCCUAGUCAUCCGAGGUGUAUGUGAUUAUGCAGAUUCCCACAAGAACAAGGAGUGGCAACCGUACGCUGCAGUCACAGCAACCGCCCACAUGAGGGAGCUUCUGGAGACGAUCCCCGCGUCCGAGGUUAAACGGACUCCCCCAGCGGCCGAAUCAUUCAAGGACCCUCCUGAUAUGCAAUUAAAAGAUAAAGUUGCCCGGUUGGAAAAGACGAAUCAGCUCCUUGAGCAAAGCAAUCAGUCCCACGCCAAGGAUAUCGAAUCCUUGAAGGCAGAGCUCAAGGCAUCACAAAAGGAAUUCCGCAAGUGGACAGCAAGCGGUGGGCGACCGAUUGCGGGACAACAAUUCGGAGGAAGUGGUGGAGCUGAAAGCAUAAAUCCGAAUGCGGGGUGGGUUGGUAUGAUUAGAAAAGAUGUCGUUGAUGCAGCUAUCAAGGGGAAACAUGACGAAUUUAAAAGGGAUUGUGUCGAAUUGAAAAGGACAAUACUUACUCAAUGGGCCGCUACGGUGGUGAAUGAUCCCUCCGUCGCGAAAUUUUUUGAGCAGUGGUUUCACUCUCCCCGUCUCUUGUAUGUGCCUGGACUCCUAAUACUCACGCUGUUUGGGCGGAUUCUACAAGAGAUGAUGCUGAAAGAUUGCUUGUCUGGUGUGACGAUUGUGCGAGCGGCGGUAAAGCAUACAGUGUAA